UUCCUGAGGGGAAGCCCUUCACAGACUACUUCCCACCUUACAAAAUACUUUCCAGUGCGGUUAAAUACGUCAUCAUGUUGAAUGGGCCUUGUAGAAAUGUCACUUUAUUCGUGGGCUUACAAAGUAAUUAGCCAGUGUUUACCUGCCAGUCCAUUCGAGACCAGUUUGGACUGAACCACAAUGAGACGGAGGAGGAGGGGAGUAUUGACAGUAUCGAAAAUGGUUGAUAAUUGAAAAAAGUGAAACAAAGCCCCAGGGUCGUUGACAAUCAAUAAUUCGAAAUGAUCACUCCCAUAAACUACUGAUCAGCAAAUAUGCCGAUAUUUAUUGAAACGGGUACCAAUUUUCUUUUGUAACCCCCCCCCCCCCGGCUGGAUGGAUUGUAUUUCCUUGUUGUCCAUCUCUUCCUGUAAGUUUUUGUUGGAAAGUUUCAGAACUUUUGUUCUGUUUUCUGUGCUGUUGUCUUUUCGCUUUGGAGGGAGGGGUUUAAAGAGGAAAGGGCGGGGGUCGAUUGAAGCUUAGGAACUAGAAUGUGCUCAUUGGAAGAGUUGAGGAACAAAUACAAACUUCACCUGUUGGUCUGGCACAACCAGUAUAGAGAACUUGAGGAGGAACUGAAACAGCAUGAUAUUGAAGCAGUUGAUCCACGGGGUCGGACGCCAUUGCAUCUCGCUGUCUCGCUAGGACACUUGGAAUGUGUCAACAUACUGCUUCGAAACAAUGCCUCUGUCGACAAGGAGAAUGCCAAAGGAUGGACAGUUCUACAAGAGGCAGUCAGCACAGGAGAUCCUGAGCUGUUGGAAAAAAUUCUUCAGUAUCGAGAUUACAAUCGAAUAAACUCACAGUUGAAUGGUGUUCCAGAACUACUCAGCAAGAUACAAAAGACUUCUGAUUUCUACGUGGAAAUGAAGUGGGAGUUUACCAGCUGGAUUCCCCUGGUGUCAAAGAUGUGCCCAAGUGAUGUGUACCGUGUGUGGAAGAGUGGUGCCAAUCUGCGAGUGGAUACAACCUUACUGAACUUUGAGAACAUGAAAUGGGAAAGGGGACAUCGUAGCUACAUAUUUAAGGGCAAAGCUGACUCAGCAGAAUUUAUAGAGGUAGACCACGAGAACCAGGUUGUAGACCGAGAACAUUUUACACUCUCACAAGAACAACAAGGCCUCGCUUUAUCCUCCGUCAGACCAACAAAGGACCAGGUUGCAAAUCGUCUUACAUCCCCUAUCGUUUCUACGUGCCUUGACACAAAACAUAUAUCCUUUGAGAGGAACAAAUGUGGAUUCUGGGGCUGGCGGACAGACAAGACUGAUGUUGUUCAAGCAUAUGAGGCCAAGGUUUUCACUGUGAACAAUGUUGAUGUGGUAACCAGAAGCAGAACAGAACACCUGACUGACGAUGAGAAGACCAAAUAUAAAGAUGAUAAAAAUCUGCUUGAAUCUCUGCUGGGAAAAGCAGAGGAGCACAUCAGUCCACAGAAUGAGCACCUCAUCACAGAAACUGCAACUAUCCACAAUGUGACAUCCAUCAUGCCAGAGGAAUAUUUCAACCCAGAGUUUGACCUUGGAGACAGAGACAUUGGUCGGCCAAUGGAGCUUUCUGUCAAAACACGCAAAUUUAAAGCAACAUUGUGGCUAUGCGAGGAAUACCCACUGUCCUUUGUGGAGCAGGUAAUUCCAAUAAUUGAUCUGAUGGCAAGGAGCAGCAUACAUUUCGCAAAACUCAGAGACUUCAUCACAUUACAGCUGCCACCAGGAUUUCCUGUCAAAAUAGAAAUCCCACUAUUCUACGUCCUGAAUGCACGAAUUACAUUUGGAAAUGUGAAUGUAUGCAGCACCGAUAAGGCACUGACUCCACAAACACAGAAGGGAUCACUGAGCAACUUGGUCAUGUCAACAUCUAAUGGAGGCUCUAAAUUUAAAGUGGAUCAAUCUGUUUUCGCCAUACCAGAAAAUUACCACAUCCGUGGAAUGGGCAAGAAUAUGGUACUUGGUGUUGAGGAUGAGAACGAUCAGUUGAUCCAGUUUGCGAUUCAGCAGAGUUUACUCGAUUCUCACUCUGGCAGUGAAGAUGUGUGGGAGAUGCCAUCCAGCGGGACUUUACAAUUGGAGCAGAACUUGAACCAAGAUGAUGAAAGAGCAAUCAAUGAAGGCAUUACAACGGGUUCCCAUGGAUCUCAUUCCACGGAUGCGUACUCUAGUUACAACACUCAAUUACAAAUUGCCAUGGAGCUUUCUGCCAAAGAACUUGAGGAACAGGAGGAAAGACAGAGAGAAGAGGAAGCUAUGCUGAAGCGAAUAUUAGAGCUUUCCCUACAGGAGAAGUGAAGACUGGUCUUGGGCCAAUUGAAACGGGUUCGCAGCACUUUAAUAAUCUGUUACAACCAUGAGGUUAAUCUGACUUUUCUUAAAGUAUAUAUUUCCUCCAUAUUUUUAUUAUCUGACUGAACAUUCAGCACCUUGGCUGGCAGCAGUUCUUUCAUCCCAGAUCUAGUGUGCAGAUGAGACUAUAACAUUGUUAGCUCAGUGAGAAUUAGCCUCUUAUGCAAACCUUACAAAGUUUGUCUUAGAAGCCAAAGUAUCAUUUAUUGACUUGGUUCUGAAGCAGAACUGCAUUAUAGUGAGCCUUCUGUUGUAUAGGGUAUUGUAUGAUUGCAAACAACCAGCUUGUGCCUGCAACAUACUAAACAUCUCAAGCAUCAGGCAAGCAAAAGUUAGAAUUUUAAACAAAAUACAUGUGUUGCUAUUUCCAUUCCGUGCACACCGUGCUGAUGAUACCAAUGUCAUCCGAUGCACCAGGAAGGAUGCAAGCAAAGCUACAUUUUUUGUCCAUCCUUAGUUGCCUCAAAAUAGUGAUUGCAAACUAUUUGAUCAUACAGGUAGGGAGAGGCCUGGCUUCAUAUCUCAUCCUAUGCUUAAGCAAUUAUUGCAUGCUCACAAUUUCCAGCUGAGUUAGCUAACAAUAACUUAAUGCUGAGUAUCACCUCUAAGACUUUUCAUGCCUGCACCUGCAAAUAUUGAGACUGACUCAAAAUGCCAGAUGGUGUUGAGACAAUGGCGGGGUUUGGGUAGGCAUAAAUGUUGAGUAAUCAUUUGAGCUUUGUUUAAAGACUGUAGCAGUAAAUGAAGCAUUUGAUCAUGCCAGAUUGCAUAAGUGAAUGCCCACACACCUAUCUUCAUACAUAGUUCUGACAGUAGCAUAAUGUGAAACUCUUUCUACUCCAUUGGGGGAGAGAUGGAGGAGGAGAGGCAGGCAAUAAAACCUAUCCUAAUCAUUUCAGAUUUGUAAAUUAAUGAGAACUUUUAACUUAUACUUUGAAAUAAAAUGGUACUAUAGUUUUCACUUUUCUGAAUUAUGUAAUAAUUGCAUUAAAAGAAAAUUAAACUUG